UCUACUUUCUCCCUGUCUGUGUCUCUUUUUUUCUUCUCUCCGUCUCCCUCUCUCAUUGUGGAAUAACGACAUUUAUCACCAAGUAAAAGUAAAGCAAUCCACCAAUAUAUCUUUACACAUCGAUACUAAUUUAGGUAAAUUUCCCAUAGCACACAUGCGUUUUUAGUGUAACCAUGUGACUCCGAGGUGCAUGGCAUAUCCUCUGACGUAUCCGAGGUGAAACGAGUGAAAUCCAUCAAUGUUGAUAGUUGCCUGUUGCUUGAUCCUCUAUCUGGUGUGCAAAUAGGAUGUGUGAACGUUGGAGCGGAAAUUGAAUGCAAGAAAAAUUGGACUGAGUGAUGCUCAGGUAAUGAGUUAUUAUAGCAUAUACGCAGUAGUAAUUGACAAUACUAACCACACACAUGCAGCUAUUACUAGAACAGGCAGUUAGGCACAGCAUGUACUUGCUAGAAUAUUAAUCUUGUUUUGCCAGAGGUCUUGAUAUUAAUCACGUCAGUAUUCAUCACACUUUACCAUUACAGAACGCCCACGUACUGUUAAACCCAUCUGAGCCACACUACCUGUAUUUGGCACCUGUAUAUAUGAGAACAACAUAAUCUAUUGUUUGGAUAGACCUCCACCUGUGUUUAUAGGUUUUGGGUUUCUGUUGGUUAGGUUACUAUAAAUAUUUGCUGAGCAUAUUAUAUACCAGCUUAGCUCUACAUGAUCAUUUAUAAGCCUAUUACGCCCCUAGCAUAAACUUUCCUGGGGAACAUGUCUCUGUGUAGACUGUGUGUGCAUGUGUAGGUGUAUGGGCUGCGCUGUGCUCCCUCCUGACGUCACGUGCAAGCUUGCUCAUAUAUAUAUAUAGCCACGAGCCUAAUGCCCCCAGCAGCAACUCGCACUGAGAAUAUAUGAGCGCAGGUAUAGGAGGUAUAGGUGCGGUAUUCUGUUAUUAUGCUCAGUAAAAGAUUCGUGUGCUUAGAUAACGGAAAUGUUAAGUUAGGAAAGGACUUCGGAGUUGUCAGUUUUACUGUGCUAUCUCAUAAACAUUGGCUGUAGUAUGUACAUGCAGCAUACUCAAUAAUUCAGUGACCAUGGAUUAUUUUUCAAAUACUAGUAAUAUAACAGACAAUGUCAUUUCACGCCAGCGUGUGGACCAUAUGGUCGCUAGCAUCAUGGUUCCUAUAAUGUGCAUCUUGGCUGUCGGAGUAGCUGUGACGAACGUAGCAACCAUUGUUGCUUUUAAGAGGACCGAUCUACGAGAAGCUCCACACUAUCUAGCGGUGAACAUGGCUGUCUCCGACAUCGGUCUCGGCAUGUACCCGUUCUACCUCGCUCCGGCUAUCCUCGGCGACAUGCCGAAGCCGUGCUGCAUCUUCAUACUGUUCGUGAUGAACUUCUUCGGCAAGAUCUCCUACACGAACCUGCUGCUGAUCACCGUGGACCGCUACCUGGCCGUCACCCGGCCGAUGCACUACUACCAGAUGGUGACGGUCGCGCGCAUCAAGGUGCUGCUGGUGUUUACGUGGCUGUGGGGACUCGCGCUCAGCAACGCCGUGCUCGUCGGCGAGCGCUGGUUCCCGGAGAGCGGCUGCUCGUACGAGCUCGUCGUCGGCAAGGGCGCCAUCUACUUCGGCACCGCGCACAUCUCCGCCGACAUGGUCAUCAUGUUCGCCGUCUACUCGCGGCUCGCCGUCAUUGCUUACGGACACUGGAAGGUGGAGCCGACGGUCGCCGGCGGCAGCGCACUCACCAAGCACCUCAAGCUGACGAAGGUGUUUCUCGUCGUCGUCGUCUCGUUCGUAGUCUGCUGGAGUCCUUUCUACAUACUGACGCUGCUGGAGAUCACUGACAACUAUGCGGACAGCGUCGGCAUCGUUCGUUACACGCUCUACUGUCUUCCCCUCGUCAACCUGCUCUCGAAUCCUCUGAUUUACGCGUGGAAGAUACCAGCGUUUAGUAAAGUAUUCAAGGCUAUUUUCAUGUGCAAAUAUGUGUCUGCAGAGAGACAAGUCACAGAUGGUGAUCAUCGGUCAGCAAUUUCUAAUACAAGUAAUCAGCUGCGAGCAAAAUAAAAAUUGAAAAUAUACUCUGUAGGAAAAUGUGUGGCAGACAUAUUUUAGAAAACCAUUUUCUAUGAGCAGAAAACUGUUAAAGCACAAUUCAUCUACUAUAUUCCUAGCAUAUAUGCUUUUUAUUGAUUGGGAUAGCAGCAUGCUGCAUGUUAGCAGUUGGUACAAGUUUUGUAAGUAAUAUGUUUGCUUAUGUAUAAAAUAAAUAGUAUCAAAAUUAU